ACCUGAUGGCUACAGUAUGGACCUGAGUGUGAUGAGGACAGAUGCAGCCGACAUUGGCAGGGUUGUGGGAAUGUUCUCUAAGUCAGAGCUGAUUGCAGAGGGUCUAGUUCCUGUCCUAGACACAGCACUGUGGAAGUCAAAACCUUGUGUGUGAGGAGCAAGGCUCCCCUUACUGCCGGACCAAUGAAGUACAGCUAUGUCAUCAGGAGGGCCUGCCUCCAGAAGCCACACUAGUUUCCUGUCCCCCUAGGCAGACUCUGUAGCUCUGCCCAUAAGCACAGUUGCAGCCUCCAGGAGCAGAUGUAAUGAUGUUCUCCUUCAGAGCUCUGCUGUGCCUCGGACUGACUCUAUGCCCUGGGACCACAGUUCUGACUGGGACCCUCCCUAAGCCUGUACUCAGAGCACAACCAGAACUUGUGGUCUCCAAACAGACUAAUGUGACCUUCUUGUGUGAGGGUACAACAGGAGCCAAAGAGUACUAUAUGUACAAAGAAGGAAGUCAAUAUACACAGUUCACAGAGAUUGUCCUAAAGUCUGGGAACAAGGCUGAAUUCUCCAUCACAAAAACUGACCAGCACCAUGCAGGGAGAUAUCAAUGUCGCUAUCGGACCCAUCAUGAAUGGUCUGAGUACAGUGACUCCUUGGAGCUUGUGGUGACAGCAUCUCUCUUAGGAGCACAGAGUAAACCCAGUCUGUCAGCCCAGCCCAGCCCUGUGGUGACUGAAGGAGGGAAUGUCACCCUCCAAUGUGACUCAUGGCAGCAAUGUGACAGGUUCAUUCUGACUAAGGAAGGACCACAGAAGCUCUCCUGGAUUCUGGACUCACAGUAUAAUUCCUUAACUGGACGAUUCCAGGCUCUAUUCUCUGUGGGUUCUGUGAACUCCAGUCAAAGAAGGACAUUCCAAUGCUACAGUAAUAACCUAAGCGUACCACUGGUGUGGUCAGAACCUAGUGAUCCCCUGGAACUCCUGUUCUCAGGGACCGUGCACAAACCCACCAUCAAGGCUGAGCCAGGCUCUGUGAUUGCCUCUAGAAGUGCAGUGACCAUCUGGUGUCAGGGGACCCUGGAUACAGAAAUAUGUGUUCUGCAUAAAGAGGGGAGCCCAGAAUACUUGGGCACACAGACCCCAGAGAAGCCUGAGAACAAGGCCAAGUUCUCCAUCCCUUCUGUGACACAGCAACAUGGGGGACAAUAUCGCUGUUACUGUUACAGCUCAGCUGGCUGGACAGAGCCCAGUGACACCCUGGAGAUUGUGGUGACAGGAAUCCACACAUACAAACCAAGCCUGUUAGCUCUGCCAGGCCCUGUGGCAACCUUAGGCGAAAACAUGACUCUCCAAUGUGUUUCAUUGGAGGCAUAUGGCAAGUUUAUUCUCUCCAAAGAAGAUGAGAAGUUCUCCAGCUCCCUGGAUUCACAGUAUAUACACCAUAAUGGGCACUACCAAGCCAUGUUCUCUAUAGGUCCCUUGACCCCAGUACACAGAGGGACAUUCAGAUGUUAUGGUUACUACAAGGUUACCCCACAGUUCUGGUCACUACCCAGUGACCCUCUGGAAAUACACGUCUCAGGGCUGUCCAAGACACUCUCCCUGUUAAGUCACCAAGGCCAUAUCCUGGACCCUGGAAAGAGUCUCACACUGCAGUGUUGCUCUGACAUCAACUAUGACAGAUUUGCUCUGUACAAGGUGGGCACAAUUAACUUCACCCAGCAUCAUCACAAAUGGACUCAGGCUGGUCUCUCCUUGGCCAACUUCACACUGGGCUCUGUGAACAGUUCUACUGGAGGCCAAUACAUAUGCUAUGGUGCACACAACUUCUCCUCUGAGUGGUCAGCCUCCAGGGACACCUUGGACAUUCUGAUCUCAGGACAGCUUCCCUUCACUCCUUUCCUCUCAGUGAAGCCUAACUCUACAGUACAUCCAGGAGACAAUGUGACCCUUCUGUGUUGGUCAAGGGAAAAUGUGAAUACUUUCAUUCUGUACAAGGAGGAGGCAGUUUAUCAACCCCAGCGACUAAAAUCAAAGUUCCAAGAUCAACACUUCCAGGCAGAAUUCUCCGUGAGUGCUGUGACCUCUGCCAUUUCGGGAAGCUACAGGUGCUAUGGUUCUCGAAACUCAUCACCAUUCCUGUUGUCAUAUGCCAGUGCCCCUGUGGAGCUCACUGUCUCAGGACCCUCAAUGCCCAUGACAAGAGCUGGACUGGAAACGUACCUGCAGGCUCUGAUUGCAGCAUCUGUGGCCUUCCUCCUGUCCCUCUUCAUCCUCAUCUUCCUCCUCUGGCAAAGAAAACAGGGCAAAUACAGGAAAGAUGCCCAGAAAGAGACAGAAUUGCAACUUCCUGCAGGAGCUGCGGAGCCAGUAACCAGGAACAGAGGCCCCCAGAAGAGAUCCAACCCAGCUGCUGCCACCCAGGAAGAAAACCUUUAUGAUUCAGUGGAGAAAAUGCAGCCUGAGCAUGGUGUGGAGCUGGACCGAUGGAGACCAACUGAGGAAGGCCCCUUGGGUGAUAUACAUGCCAAGGUGAAACCCUCCCGUCUCAGGAGGGCAGGAGCUGUCCUAUCUCCUGUCAUGUCAAGAGAAGUCCUGGACACCAAAGAGGGACAAGCAGAAAAGGACAGACUGAUGGACACUCGGACUGCACAAUAUGAAGAGGCCCAGGAUGUGACCAAUGCCCAGCUGUUCAACAUGACACGCAGACAGGAGACAGCUGCACCCCCUUCCUCGCAGGCAGGGGAUGUCCCAGAGGAGCCAGUCUAUAUACUGGUCUGGCCGUAACUAACCCAGAGUCCAUUGGAAACAACAUAAAGUAAUGAGCCUCAGCCUGCAAGGAGGCUGAAUGGAAACCUCUAAGGGAUUCUUGGAAUUUUUGUGAAACAUGUCUGCAUUUUGAUUAACUUUUAAUAUUUUGGAAAUAAAGCAUGAGAUUAUUCAAUUAUUAAA